AUGUGCUGGGAAGACGAAGGCUUCAUCAAGGAAGAUGAGAAGCCCCUGCCUCGGAACCCUUACCAGAGGAAGAUGUGGCUGCUGUUCGAGUAUCCCGAGAGCAGCCAGAACGCGAGGUUCGUCGCGAUCAUCUCCGUCGUGGUCAUCCUCCUCUCCAUCGUCAUCUUCUGCCUCGAGACGCUGCCGCAGUUCAAGCACUACAAAGUGUACGAGCACGACAAAGUGUACAACAUGACGUACAACAAGACGAGGAUCGAGGAGGACGAGGUGCCGGAGAUGACGGACCCGUUCUUCCUCAUCGAGACCAUCUGCAUCGUCUGGUUCUCGUUCGAACUCCUCGUCCGCUUCCUCGCCUGUCCCGACAAGUUCAAGUUCUUCAAGGACGUGAUGAACGUGAUCGAUCUGAUCGCCAUCAUUCCAUAUUUCAUCACCCUGGCCACCGUGGUGACGGAGGCGGAGGCGGACCCGAACGAGAUCCGUCCCCCGUCGACGGGGCACGACCGGGGCGGGAACCAGGCCAUGUCCCUCGCCAUCCUCAGGGUCAUUCGACUUGUGCGUGUGUUCAGGAUAUUUAAGUUGUCCCGGCAUUCCAAGGGGCUUCAGAUCUUGGGUCGCACGCUCAAGGCUUCCAUGCGCGAGCUCGGUCUCCUCAUCUUCUUCCUUUUCAUCGAUUGGCGGGAGUGCAUGACGUGGAUUCUCUUGUUGCCUACAGGGGUUAUCCUUUUCUCAAGUGCCGUCUACUUCGCAGAGGCAGGCACAGAUAAAUCCUUUUUCAAAUCCAUCCCCGACGCCUUUUGGUGGGCCGUAGUCACCAUGACUACCGUGGGAUAUGGCGAUAUGAGUGCGGUCUAUUUCGCGGAAGCCGACACGGAGAAAAGCUACUUCAAAUCUAUUCCUGAUGCAUUUUGGUGGGCGGUCGUCACUAUGACCACCGUCGGAUACGGUGACAUG